AUGGCAGUUGAAAAGACGUUUUUGUUCACCAGUGAGUCCGUCGGCGAAGGCCACCCUGACAAGAUCUGUGACCAAGUUUCCGAUGCUGUUCUUGACGCGUGCUUGCGUGAGGAUCCUUUGUCGAAGGUUGCGUGCGAAACUGCUGCCAAGACCGGUAUGAUCAUGGUUUUCGGUGAAAUUACCACCAGAGCACAGCUCGACUACCAAAAAAUUGUCAGAGACACUAUCAAGAAAAUCGGUUACGAUUCGUCCGAAAAAGGUUUCGACUACAAGACCUGUAACGUACUUGUUGCCAUCGAGCAACAGUCUCCAGACAUUGCGCAAGGUUUGCAUUACGAACAAGCGCUAGAAGAUCUCGGUGCCGGUGACCAAGGUAUCAUGUUCGGUUACGCUACCGACGAGACCCCAGAAUUGCUGCCAUUGACCAUUUUGCUUGCCCAUAAGCUAAACAUCGCCAUGGCGGACGCUAGAAGAGACGAUUCUUUGGCUUGGUUGAGACCAGACACCAAAACCCAGGUCACCGUUGAAUACAAGGAAGUCGACGGCCAAUGGGUUCCAUUGAGAGUCGACACCAUUGUUGUCUCUGCCCAGCACGCUGACGAGAUCUCCACGGAGGACUUGAGAUCCGAAAUCAAGUCAAAGAUCAUCCAAAAGGUCAUCCCUGCUGACUUGUUGGACGACAAGACUAAGUACUACAUUCAACCUUCCGGUAGAUUCGUUAUCGGUGGUCCACAAGGUGACGCCGGUUUGACUGGUAGAAAGAUUAUCGUCGAUGCUUAUGGUGGUGCGUCUGCCGUCGGUGGUGGCGCUUUCUCCGGUAAGGACUAUUCCAAGGUCGAUCGUUCUGCUGCCUACGCCGCUAGAUGGGUUGCCAAGUCCUUGGUCAAAGCAGGUCUAGCCAAAAGAGUCCAAGUUCAGUUCUCUUACGCUAUUGGUAUUGCUGAACCUCUAUCUCUUCACGUCGACACUUACGGUACUUCUUCCAAGUCCGACGAAGAAAUUGUCGAGAUCAUUAAAAACAACUUUGACUUGAGACCUGGUGUCUUAGUCAAGGAAUUGGAUUUGGCUAGACCAAUCUACUUGCCAACGGCUUCUUACGGUCACUUUACCAACCAAGAAUACCCGUGGGAGCAGCCAAAGAAAUUGAAGUUCUAA